AAUUAUUAUGGCUGGUGGAUUUACAGAACCUGUGUUUGUUAAAAAAUUAACAGAUUUAAAUAGUUCUUCACAAAGUAUUCAGACUUUAUCAUUAUGGCUUAUACACCACCGAAAACAUUACAGCUCUGUUGUAAAAAUUUGGACCAGAGAAUUAAUAAAGGCAAAAGAUAGUAAAAAACUAACCUUUAUGUAUCUGGCCAAUGAUGUGAUACAAAACAGCAGAAAAAAGGGACCAGAAUAUGGACAAGAGUUCGGUUUAUCACUAAAAAAAGCCUUUGAACACAUGUCCAAAUGUGAUGAAAAAACUAAAAACAGUUUGGAUAGAAUUUUGGGCAUAUGGCAAGAGAGAGGUAUCUAUGAUCCAGUUCAAAUAUGUGAAUUUAAAAGAGCCUUAGUGUUAGUAGAUGUUAAAGAUGAACCUUUGCCAAAGAAAGCAAAACUUGAUAUUGAGCCAAGUAAAAAGAAAAAACAGUCAUCUAAGGAAAGACGAAAAAAUGACAAUGAAGUUGUUGUAGAGGUUGAUGGAAGAAAGGAGACCCAUGUUCAUUUAAGUCCACACACACCUGCUAGUGACCCACCAGAACCAGAAGAACUGAUUAAAGCAAUUCAAGACUUAGAAAUUAACAUAGCUUCUUCAGAUGAAAAUGUUCGAGAGAGAAUAGCGCAAUUACCUAGGGAAGUUUCUGAAGUAUCGUUAAUUUCAAAAAUAGAAGAUAAGGAGGCAGCUCAAAAACUAUCCUUACAAGUAAGUGAGGCAGUGUUCCUAUUAAGCCAGUAUAAUACUAGGCUAACAGCUGAAAUGGAUCAUAGAAAAAAGGUGGCAGCAAUGAUGAAAGAUUUCUUGCAUGCUCAAGAAGAAUUGCUGACGCAGGCUGAACAAAACCUAGAGGAAUACCAAGAAAAAUUAAUCAAAGUUUAUAAAGUACGUCGCGAAUUACACUCCCACAUUCAAAACUUGCCCGACCUGACACAGCUCCCAAACGUGGUUGACGGACUGGCACCUUUACCAUCAGCAGAAAAUCUUUUCUCUAUGUAAAGUUUGAUCUUCGUUUUAUCCCUAAUUUUAGCGUGAUAUGCACAUAAUUUACUGGUUACGUAUUUUAUCACGUGUAUUUUUGAUCUGUUACAUUCAUAAAUUCAUUUUCCUAUGCAAAUAAUUUGAGUGUUUUGAAGUUUAGGUGUAUUUAGAUGAAAUUUACUUUAUUCAAAGUAAGAUUAAAUAUGAUGGUAUACUGUAGCAGACUGUAAGAUAUUCCAGUUUUUAAUAAAAAGGGGUUUUGAAAAAGCUUUUUAUUAUUAAGAUACUAUAUAGGCUGUAAAAAUAUAAAUUAUUCAUCAUU